CCACCUGCACCAAGUCCCAAUCUUUAUUCUUCAGCCAGCUUAGAGCUUCCCAAAUCCCCGGCAGUUCAUCCUCCAAAGAAGAGCAUUUAUCCCACCAAGGUUUAGCUACCCUGCAAAAAGCUCCCCAAACUCGUCUCAGACAACCCAGCGUAGGCUUAGCACAAACCACCAGCAGAAACAUCAACUUUCAUCUUUUUCCAGUCUGCUGCCGGCCAUCUCUACAAAGGGUACCCAACGGUAAUUUGAAGAUUUCCUGUGGAGUAGAUCAUUCUUUAAUAGCAUGAAUUACAUCCUUGGAGCUUUUAAGCCAGCAUGCCACAUUGUAAUCACAUUUUCAGAUGGGAAGUCACGCAAGCAGGUCCCAAUGAAAAAGGAAAAUGGCCAAACGGUAAUGGUCCCCCUCUUCCAAAGUCAAGAAAAUAUUGUUGGGAAGAUAUCAAUUGAGCCAAUAUCAGGAAAGAAGGUUGAACACAAUGGUAUCAAAGUUGAGCUGCUUGGUCAGAUAGAAAUGUACUUUGAUAAAGGGAACUUCUAUGACUUUACGUCUCUGGUUCGGGAGCUAGAUGUUCCAGGUGAAUUAUACGAAAGGAAAACAUACCCAUUUGAGUUUUCAACUGUUGAAAUGCCGUAUGAAGCAUACAAUGGAACUAAUGUUCGUCUUAGGUACAUCCUCAAAGUGACAAUCAGUCGAAACUAUGGUGGCAGCAUAGUGGAGUACCAGGACUUUGUGGUGCAACUGUAGCAUACCUCCAUCAAUUAACAAUAGUAUUAAGAUGGAAGUUGGUAUUGAAGAUUGUCUUCAUAUUGAAUUUGAGUACAACAAGAGCAAGUAUCAUUUGAAAGAUGUUAUUAUCGGAAAAAUAUAUUUCCUUCUUGUGCGAAUAAAGAUAAAAAAUAUGGAUCUUGAGAUCAGGCGAAGAGAAUCUACAGGUUCAGGGGUGAACACUCAUGUUGAGACAGAGACCCUGGCGAAGUUUGAGCUGAUGGAUGGUGCUCCUGUCAGAGGUGAAUCCAUACCCAUCAGACUCUUCUUGAGUCCGUAUGAGUUGACACCAACUUACAGAAACACCAACAAUAAAUUCAAUGUGAAAUAUUAUUUGAACCUUGUUCUUGUUGAUGAAGAAGACCGUCGGUAUUUUAAGCAGCAGGAAAUCACAUUGUACCGCCUUGCUGACUCAUCCUGAUUCUCUUGCAUGAUUUUUUAAAAAUCUUUUUACUUUUUUGACACCCAUAAGAAUAUGAGAUUAGACAGCUUUCAGUUAUGUAUAGACAAAAUGUAGUAAUUAUACAUUUGUUGAUUGUUGGGAAACCUUAUUGAUAUGAUGCUUCAUCAUACUUUCUUUUAAGAAUAUAAUUAAGGAAAAUGUUUGGUGGAUGACCA